AUGGCAUCAUAUACUACAUCUUCGUAUAUGAUGCGCAUGCCUCUCUCGUCUCUUCUUGUCUCAGGCUUCCUGCUGACCCGAGGGACUAGCUCGCCACUUCCUACCUCGACAGCAGAUGAACAAUACAACCGGUCAAAGCGAUCUUUAUUUGGAGAUGGCCCUCUCCAGGCCUGGGAAAUCGCACUGUUGUUAUUAGGUGCCUUGCUUGGGAUCAUGAUCCUGGGGUUUUUAGGUGGCAUAUGCGAGGUCUUGCUGCACGGGAAGAUCAAGGAGAGCAACGCUGAAGCUGAUGCCAAGGUUGAGGGCGGUGGAAGUCGGGCAAUUGUUGACGGGGCUGACGGCGAAAAGGCAGAGCGAGGGGUUGCCGAGGGCCCAGAAGGGGUCAUAAACGAUGGCCGCUACUCGUGGCAACCGGAGAGAAUGUCGACUGGGCUAAGCGAUGACUCUACACUGGCUGGAUCAGACCCUGGAGCCGCUCAGCAGGGAGCGGAUGAAACGAGCCGAGAUCAAGCACAGACAAGCGAUCAGUAUGUGGCAUGGAAUGGCGAAAGCCAACCUUAUCCUAGUCCAUCGCGAUUUGUGAUAGAUGAUGUGGACAGUCCUGGGUAUGGGGGCGUUGAUGCCAAUGCUCAUCAAGAAUAUGCUGGACACCUAAAUCCACCGCCAGCCAUGCCGAGAGACGCCACCUACCAACAUCAAAGCGCGGAAGACCAAUACUGGAACGAAGGGUUCGAUGAAAGUCCGAAUGCCGGCCCAUCCCACCACACGGAUGGUAACAUAGCUUCUGAUGGCUACCAAGGAGAGCAGAUGGCUGCGCCUGGUGGAUAUUCAGGCGAGGGGUAUAGUCCAGCGGUCAUGCCCGACGAAGUCGAUUACCUUGCAGAAUAUCGACAAAGCCAGCUGUAUCUUCAGCAGGAUGAUGAUUGGUAUACUGCAGCAAGUGCUUCGUACGCUGCACCAGCAGGAACGGCGAAAUAG